AUUAUCUCCUAUAGGAGAACAGCGCUAUAGCUGGCUAUUUAUAACUGACUGUACGGGCAUGAUCAGCUUCAUGUGCUGCAGCUAAGAAGCCCCUUUUGCGUGACCGCAUCAGGAACAAAUCUAGUUACGUCAUAUUUCACGUGAGGCGGACAGAAUAAACACUGGAGUCGGUUUGCGAUGCUCGAAAAAGUCCGAACGUGAAGAGAACGAGAGCUAGCAGUCAAGCUGAUAGUUGACGGCCUCAUUUCCUCUCGGACUUUGUCGGUCGUUAUAAAGAGCGUACAUCCGGCCGCUUGGUCGCCGUGACUUAACUAGUUACGAGACAGCCACUUUGCGCCCAAAUGCUUGUUCCCCGCAGGAAGAAUAUCUAACUAGAGUCAACGAGACAGACCCCUCCAACCAGUCGAACCUCAAUUCGCCUCGACACAGAGAACUCGUCGUUGAAGACGCCCGAAUAUAUAACUACUAUAUAAAAAAAAUGUCUACAAUGCAGGAGCAGACGUCGGCGGCCGCCCAUCACGAGAAUGAGACGGCACCACGGCCAAAGGGUAUGCAACAACUAUCUGGAUGUUAUGGCUAUCAUCAUCUUGUAGACGACCUGUUUAACAAGCGAACCUGCCCCAGGUAUCCUCAAGUCUCCGGUGUCCAUAUCUACCGUCACACCGAGCGCAGACCCAUCGCUAAUGUCACUAUCGCCGCUCGAGAAUAAGGAACUGACAAUGCAAAACACAAUGCAAAAUGCCGGGGUCGGCAUCAAGCAGCGAGCUCGUGCCUCUUCCCAUCGCAAAUCCACCAGUUCCAAAGCCUCGAACGGCGACGAGGCGACGGAGAACUCACCCCGGCUGAAAUGGGACGAGGCGAACCUCUACCUCACCGAACAAGAGCGGACUUCGACCAUGAAGAUCGAUGAGCCCAAGACACCGUAUGUGCCGCACUACGACUACAACGAAGAGGAUGACGACAUGGACCUCGGAGAAGACGACGUCGGGUUUCAUGUUGAAGGAGUGGUGGUGGAUGAACUAGAUAUGACCAAGGCCAAGAGCAAGAGCAAGAGCAAGAGCAAGUCAAGGGCGGACGACAUACCCGAUCUCGAGCUUGGAGACCCGGAGGAAGAUACGUGGAAGGACGUCAGGGCGAGCGAGGCGGGUCGGAUCGUGCGAGAACGAAGUCUGAGCUUUGGAAGCACGGGGAGCAAGAAACGAGUCGUCGUUGGAGGGGACGACAAGGAUGAGCAUGAUCCCACGCAGGAGGAGGCGCAGAAGCAUCAUGAUUUUGAAGAGAAGCGGAAGAAACAUUAUGAGAUGGGCAAUAUCAAAAAUCUACUUGGACAUCCUGAGAAGAUAGAUGUUGAUGAAGACGAGGACGAGGACGAGGACGAGGCAUCUGCGAGUGCUCCAAGACAGCCUCCGGCUGUCCCUAAGAUUCCCGAACAGUACGCAAAGCAGUCGCACUAACAGGACGGCAUCUUGCAUGCACCCUUCUCACCGAUGUACAGCCUCUUAACCCCUUUGAUGAACCCGCUUGCAUUUCAUACGGUUACUUAGCAUGUCUUCACACAUCUUUCCUCCUUUUUUUUUUUUUUUUUUUAAUCCCCGAGUUUUGAUGUACCUAGCUUGCAUAGUCCUUGUAUACCAAAUCGCAAUUCCCGCCCCAUGCUGAUGCUAAUUCCGUUGCAGCACACCAUCCGGAUUACCAGGAACAAUACUCUCCAUACCGGUCAUUAGUUAGUCGAAGCACAUGCACAGGCACAUGCACAGGCCGAAGGUCUUCCAGGUAAGAUUUGAACGGGUUUCUGCUCCAUAUUUAAUCUUACCAAGGCCUAGCCCUUGUUCGCUUCAUUAUCACCGUUGCAGCCACCAGGUAACAUUUGCUACCAAGUUAACUAUAAACAGCACCAUCAACCAGCAGCAGCUGCAGCUAGCGGAUAAUUUAAUUAGCUAGCUACCUAUCUCUAAGUACAUCUCUGCCAUGCCCCUCCUAGCCUGCUCACCAAGCGGAAACCUCUUUCCGGCUGGUAAUAAAAAACCUGGACUUCCAGCCAGGUAUGCAAUCUCUUGUGAUACAAAACAAGGCUGCCCCCUGGUCUCCCUAGUGUCGCUGCUGCUAAGAUUAUCUCUCUCCCUCUCUCUCAGUGUGCAGGAAUGGCCUGGGUGUCUCAGGGCUAGCCUGCUGGAGGAUACUUACAGGACAUGC